AUGGCCGCAAGCAUGGGUUAUGAGGAGACGUUUGAACUAAAUGGAGAGGAAAUUAAAACCACAGUGACAUAUAAUAAGGAAAAGAUUCAUAACCAUAUCUCGUCUUUCCUUCGCCCUUCUAUUAAUCAUCAAACCAAAGUUAUUGGCUUUGACAUCGAGUGGUUUCUUUAUUAUACUGCUAAAGAAGGAAGCAUUUCCCAGUCCAGAUGUGCAACCGUUCAACUAUGUGAUGGACAUUCGUGUCUUAUUAUUCAGUUCAAUAAUAUACGUCAUCGUUUUUAUCGUUCUAUGCUUGAUUUGGCAGCGCUCCAAUCACUGUUUAACUUCCUUAGUAUGCCAGAUUAUACUUUUGUGGGAGUUGGCAUAAAAAGGAAUUUGGCUAAGCUGGAGAAGUAUUAUGGGAUUGGAUGCAGAAAUUCUGUGGAACUUGGACCGUUAGCUGCUACUCUCAUGAUUGAUCCUCGUUUGAGUUAUUGCGGCGUUGAUGAACUUGCUUUUGCGGUUGAUAGACUUGAUCUUCAAGUGCAUAGGCCUGUUACAGCAAUCUAUGACUAUUCUCUUUCUCCCCUCAGCAAAGAACUUGCUAAACUUGCUACUGUUAAUGUUUACUCUUAUUAUAAGAUUGGGAGUAAAUUGUUAGUUGCUACAUAG